AUGGGUAGUAAUGGCCCAGGGUUACAGCCGCGCAUUCUGAUCGCAGGCGCUGGCAUUGGUGGCCUAACCACAGCCCUGACACUGCACGCCGCCGGCUUCACGGACAUCCAUAUCUUCGAAGCCGCCUCGUCUUUAACAAGCCUGGGCGUGGGCAUCAACGUCCAGCCGUCAGCGGUUCUCAUUUUACGGAACCUCGGUCUUUUACCAGCUCUAGAGAGAAUAGGCGUCGAGACCCAGGAGCUGAACUUCUACAAUCGCCACGGAAACAGUAUCCUAAGUGAACCGCGAGGCAAACAUGCCGGCUAUGCAGUGCCGCAGUUCAGCGUCCAUCGCGGCGAAUUCCAACUGCUGUUGUUGGAUGCAGUCAAGGAACGCCUUGGCAACGAGAGAAUCCAUCUAGGGCACGCGCUGGGGUCAUGGGAUCAGACUGACGACGGAGAUAUCAUUAAGGCACAUUUUGUCCGCCGCGAACGGCCUACGCGAACAGUCAAUGGGGCCGGAAGUGCCAACAUAGAGUUUGCUGAAGGUCCCUUGGAGAUUCCGAGCAUGACCGGCUCCGUGCUUGUCGCAGCUGACGGCAUCAACAGCACAGCUCGCCGCCUUCUCUAUCCCGAUGAAGGACCACCACGUUUCUCGGGGCGAAUUCUGUGGCGCGGAUGCACCGAGAGAACACCGUAUCUCACUGGUGCAAGCAUGAUAUGGGCGGGUCACGCCAACCAGAAGUUCAUUGCAUAUCCUAUCGGCAGGCGCGGAUUGAAGAACGAAAAGUCGCUGAUCAACUGGAUCGCCGAGCUGCGUGUUCGCGAGGAGGGGGAUCCGGAUACAACUCCGCCCGUCACGGACUGGACCAAGUCUGUGGACAAAAACAUAUUCCAGGGUCCGUUCGAGGGGUGGACUUGUGGUGGUCUCAGAAUGGUGGAAGAUUUGAUUGCGCCGACAGAAAAAGUCUUUGAGUUCCCCAUGUGUGACCGUGAGCCUGUCGGAAGAUGGAGUUUCGGCAGGAUGACUUUGUUGGGCGACGCUGCGCAUGCCAUGUACCCCAUCGGCAGUAAUGGUGCCACGCAAGCUAUCAUUGAUGCCGAGACGUUGGCUUCGUGUUUUUUGGAAAAUGUCGAAGACAUGCCAGGAGCCUUGACAAAAUAUCAGGAAUCGAGACUUUCGCCGACAGCGAAAAUAGUAUACGCGAACAGAGCAAAUGGUCCGGACCACGUCUUACAGCUCGCAGAGGAAAGGGCGCCUGGCGGGUUCGAGAACGUGUACGAUGUCAUUCCGAAGGAUGAGCUUGACUCCAUCGGUGCAAAGUAUAAGGUCGUUGCUGGGUUCGAAAUGGACAAUGUCAACGCAAGAGCAAGGGAAACUGAGGGGUUGGCUGCUAGAUGGGCUUGA